AUGACGAAGGCACUGAAUUUGAAGGAUUUACCUUCCAAGACCAAGUACUAUAAUAAAUUCGAUGGGGCCAGUGGGAGUGAAUGUAAUGGCGAAAUUGGCGGGUACUCACAGUGGGAGGACACUUUGAAGGGUAAAUUAAAUGAUUACCGUGAACUCACUACAUCUGCGAAAAAGAUUGGGGGUGCUUAUUGUUCCGCAUGCAACAUGAAUACAAGCAAACAAACGGACGCCGAACCAUGUCAAUUCUUUUACCAUUGGCUGGGAGAUAAGUACUGGAACGACUUAGGUAAUAAAAAUUUGUCAGACCUGCUGAGUGCAAUUUACCAAACGCUGAAGGGAGAUAAUCCUAGCAAUAAAUGUAGAUUUCAAUACAGCGAUGUUAAUAAAGACCUCCUCCCCCAAAUGAAAAAAGUAUUCGAUUAUUACUACGAACAUACCACCAUAUACGACGGGUUAAUGAAGAAUGGGCUCAACUGUAAAGACGAGUUGUACACUUACUUAAAAGAAGUUUCCUCAGCAUGUAUUACCAUGAGGAAUAAUUGCCCAAAUACCACGACAUAUACGAGUGGUUCAUAUUGUAAGGAUUUCCAUGAUACAUACGAAGUACCUUGUGGUGUAGCGGAAGCAUUAGAUUCGUACUGUACAACAAAUUCUGCCUUAGAAGUUGCACAAAAGGGAAAAGCGGAAGCAGAAGCAUCAAAAGAAGUAGCACAAAAAGAAUCCGCCCAAGCACAAUCCCAAUUAAAAGAAGCAUUAAGUAAAGCUAGCACCUCCUCUACUCUUUCUUCUACUUUCGGCACCUUAGCAGCAAUGGAAUUCCCAGCAUUGGCAUACUUUUUAUUUAAGGUAAGUAACACCACCUAA